AUGGGGAGCUACGUUCUUCUAUUCACCUGCAUCCUCUCCACUUUGUUGGCCACCGGAUUCUCUUUAUCAUGUAUUGUGUGUGAUGGGGAAGAUGAGAGGUCCUGUAAAGGAAGCCCAACUACAUGCCCUUUAGAUUCUGAAUUCUGUGUGGCAAUUUUGAAGUCCACUGCUGAAGGUGGCCAGGAAAAGAGGCAGUACAAGAGAGUUUGUGGGGAAAAAUCAAUGUGUUCUGAGAAGGAAAUUUUUACCUAUUCUAAUGGAGUAAUAAAAAUAAGCAGUUCCUGUUGCGCUGUCAAUAACUGCAUUCCUCCCAUGCCUGUGUUGCCACAGACUAAAACAGAGAAGAACGGGGUGUCCUGUUUGGAAUGUCGAGGUUCUGGGGACACACCAUGUACUUCAAGCACCCACAGAUACUGUUCUGGGGAUGAGAAUAAAUGUGUCUCAUUACGUAUUGAAACAAAUCCGUCUCCCAAUACAUUUCUCGCAGGUUGCGGCACACCGGGAUUGUGUACAAUAAAGGAGAUGGACUUUAAAACCGGAGACACAGCACAAGCGAUGAAGUUCACUUGCCUCACCGGGAGCGGGAGCCUCCAGUACACUCGUAGUCUGUUUUUGCUGAUUUUCACUCCCAUGUUCCUUGUCAAAGUCUUGGCAUAA